AUGGUCAAGCGGGAAUUGAAGAACGGGACGGUGCGGAUUCAGACCAAGCGGCAGCGGCUGCUGGCGCGCCCGGCCAAGUGCGCGCAGGACGUCGCAGAGGCGCAGGGUGUGCUGCGACCGGCGCAGGCGCAGGCGCGGAGAAGGGCGACGGGCAAGGCGGCAGGUAGGACUGUGAGCAAGGCCAAGGCUGAUGUUCCGGCCGGAGCUGAGGCUGAGGCUGAGGCCUCGACCUCGGCCUCGGCCUCGCAGUCGCAGAGUCGCGGGCGGCGGCUUGGCAGCUCGGCCGAGGCAAUCGCCGGGAGCAACGGCUCGCUCAAGGCCGUGUUUAAGGCCACCAAAGCGAUGCAGAUCUCGUCGGACGAUGACUACGAUCCGUGGGACGACAGCAAUGCAUUUGAGUCGGAGAACUCGCCGGCAUUGGUGCCGGCGCCUGUCGCGUCGGCGUUCAAGAAGGUCAAGGCCAAGCGCGGAAAGGGCAGCAAGAGCGCCAAGAGUGCCAAGAGUGCCAAGCGCGCCAAGAGCGCCACGAGCGCCAAGGGCGCCAAGACAAAGAGUAGCGAGGUCGUGGACCGCAACACGCGGACUGCUGAUGGCCUUCUAGCCAAGGACGCGCGGCUGGAGAGCGUGGCGUGUGCCGCAUGCUCAAAGUGCUCGAGGGUCAAGGUUGGGCUUGCUUGCGCAGGAUGUGGUGACUACUUUCACCUCGAGUGCCUGGGCGAGGCACGGACGGCGCGGAUGGAGACUUCGCUCGACGGCAAGGGCGGCUCGCUGAUGAGCUACCACUCGUCGUCGGCCGGGUACGUGGCGGCCAAGGUGCCCGCCAUUCCUCAGUGGCUCUGCCUCGGGUGCCGGGCGCCAGUCUUCACGCCCAUUGUGGGCAUCGACGACGCAGCCGGGCGCACCGCGCAGUUCAACGAGUACGGGCUCGCCAUGCUGCCGCCGAGCGCCGGACUUGGGCGCGAUGUCGUGGACAAGCUCUACCGGCUUGUCCUCUCUCGGUUCGAGGAGAAUAUGGAGACGCUGCGGGCGCGCGACAUGCUGGACAUGCUGCCGACCGGCUUUACCACGUUCAAGAUGCGUGCGGCCGGACGGUUUGACCUCAUGCUCGACGAGCUGACGGACCCGAGCAUCUUCCCGUUGCUCACCACCGAGGCGCCGUGGCUCCCGCUUGUCCGCGAGCUGCUUGGCGACGAUGCACAGUGCAUCCACACCGGAUGCAUGCUCUCGAUGCCUGGCUCGACGACGCAGCCGUACCAUUCAGACGGCGACCACGAGUCGACCAAGCGGCACCGCCCGGUCCACUGCCUCAACGUCUUCAUUCCACUCGUCGACCUGACCAUGGCGCGCGGGCCAACCGAGUUCAUUCCCACCUCGCACCGGCUUGGCUACUACGAGGUCGACGAGCAGCCCAUGUGCCUCACGCCGCCGGCCGGCUCGGUCCUCCUCUUUGACUACCGCCUCAAGCACCGCGGACGCGGCAACGAGUCGGCUGACGAGCGCCCGGUCAUCUACAUCACCUACGCCCGCCCGGCCUUUGCCAAGAAGUCGGUCGCCAACGCAAACUUUUCCUCCGCCCGUUACCACAAGAUGCCUGAGCUGCUGAGCACAAGCCGGUGGCGGUCGCGCGCUGACCGCGCCGCCGCCCGCCAGGCCCGAUUCUGAUCG